CCUACAUCAUGGCACUGUCCUUGAAGCUCUGUCGCGUUUCUUCCUCUUAUUUACUGCAGGUUGGACGAUCGACGGCCGCACUUACAAACAGUAGAAACAAAGCGUGGUGGGCGGAUGUGGAACAAGGACCCCCGGACGUGAUCCUGGGUGUGUCUGAGGCCUUCAAGAAAGACACAGACCCCAACAAGAUCAACUUGGGAGUCGGCGCGUACAGAGACGACAAUGGCAAGCCGUACGUCUUGCCCAGCGUCAGAAGGGCGGAGGAAAUCAUCAUGGAGAAGAACACUGACCACGAGUACGCUCCCAUCGGGGGUUUUGCAGAGUUCUGCACGGAGGCAGCAAACCUGGCGUUGGGCGACGACAACGAGUAUGUCAAGAAUGGCCUUAAUGCCACCGUGCAAUGCAUCUCUGGUACUGGAUCUCUUCGCAUUGGAGCUGCAUUCUUGGCAAAAUAUUUCCCCGGAACAAAGCUAAUUCAUUUGCCGAAGCCAUCCUGGGGCAACCACACUCCGAUCUUCAAACAUGCAGGCCUCGAGGUUGGUUCCUACACAUACUACGACAAGAGCAACUGCGGUUUCGAUUUCCAAGGCACAAUGGAUGACAUCAAGAAAAUGCCAGAGAAGUCGAUCAUUCUGCUGCACGCGUGUGCUCACAACCCGACAGGGGUCGAUCCCAAGGUCGAGCAGUGGAAGGAGAUGUCCAAGCUCAUUAAGGAGAAGAACAUCUUCCCAUUCUUCGAUAUGGCAUAUCAAGGAUUCGCGUCCAGUGACUGCAAUACUGAUGCGUUUGCCGUCAGACAUUUCCUAAAAGACGGACACCAGCUGCUGCUGGCGCAAUCCUUCGCAAAGAACAUGGGACUAUAUGGCGAGCGUGCGGGAGCGAUGACACUCGUAUGCGACUCUAAGGAGGAGGCCGCCCGCACGAUGUCACAGAUCAAGAUCAUCAUCCGGCCGAUGUACUCGAGUCCUCCGAUCCACGGCGCUCACAUCGUCAAGACCGUGCUCGGCUCCCCCGAGCUGAAGCAGCAGUGGUAG